UGAGACAUGACGAGCAUUUGGUUACCCCAAUCAGAUAGGAAUACAGAUUGUUUGAGGGUUGUUAUUCUCUUAUGACUAAAGAGAUAUGGGGAACACAUCCUCAGCCGAGGAAAUUAAACUCGGAGAUAAAAUUGGAGAAGGUUCAUAUGGUGAAGUGUUCAAAGCGGUGUGGGACGGGAAGCGAGUAGCUGCCAAACGGAUUCGACCUGACUUCUUCGAGCGUGAUCAUGAUGGAAGUAUUAGAGUUGCUUUCUCGGAAAAUUUUAAGAAGGAAUGGGAGAUACUCCGCAGCACUGAUCACGACAAUAUUGUGAAAUAUUACACUGCCAUUGUCCCUCCGUCUCCCGAGAGCCCCAUUAUUGUGACAGAGUUGCUAGAGUGCGAUUUGGCCAAACACAUCCGGUACUCAACGACUAAACCAAAGGUUCCUUUCUCAGACGUUAUCAAAAUCAUGCUGGACGUCGCUAAAGGUUUACAUUACAUUCAUACCCUUAAAGAACCGAUCGUCCAUCGCGACUUGGCGAGCAAAAACGUAUUGUUGACAAAAACCUUGCAUGCAAAGAUUGCAGAUUUGGGUCAGGCGAAAGCGUUCCCUCGUGGUGCAAUGUACGCGACUGCCAUGCCGGGAACACCCGUGUAUGCCGCUCCAGAAACGUAUUCCACAAGGUUAAGAGGAUCUCUUUGGCGUAGAGUGAGAUAUACCGAAAAAAUCGACAUAUUUUCGUUCGGAGCCAUGCUGCUGGAGAUCAUUAUUGGUCACUUGCCAGUGCAUCGUUUGCCUGACCCGAUUCUUGAAGGUAAAUGCUACCGAUUUUGCCCUCGAAAUAUCACUGUGCAUGUUUAAACGUACAUUUAGCCAUAAUAUAAUGUUUUAAACGAGAUUUGCUUAUGUCAAAAACAUCUGGUUGGGAUGUGUUAUGUAGAAAUAUGCUUUCUAAACCUUUGACGUAUCUGUUGCGCGUCACGCAAUGAAUCUUUACGCCACAGGCAAAUAAAACUUGCGUGACUAGCCUUUAUUUCGACUUUAAAUAUUGAUUCUUAUUGUUUACUAAAGGUUUGACCCAAGAGCAAUACAAAAAUAGGCAAUAGAAGGCAAAACGGGAGUUUUGCACGGUCCAUUUGCCUAUAUUAGAUGGUUAAGAUAAAUAAAAGACGUUUAUUUCUAAGUUACUGUGGAAAGCCCAGAUCAUCUGAUAUAGUUGUUGUUGAAAAGGAUCCAUUUAUUGAAGAAAUACGGGAAAGUUUUUCGAUAGCCUGCAGAGUAGGCGUAAUUUUGUCGAGCGAGUGAUCAGUUUUUUCAUGGUUAAAAGUAUAGCUGCCAUCUUUGAUUUUAACGGCAGCGUAAAGCUGAUUAAAGAUAGAAAUUUGUACCAAAGGGGUGACCAGCCGUCAAAAGGAAGGAGAGAGGAGUGGGUGAGUGUAAAUAUCUUAAAUAUCUAAAUCAAACAUGGCCAGUCCAACGAUCGUGAGCAUGUAACGUUGACUCAUCCUAAUAAGACGCCUACAUAACAGGCUAUUUUUUCGGGUAAUGAACACCCAGUCAGUACAAAUGUUUAAAAUGGCGUCUUUUCGGUAAAAAAAAAAAUUCGCAUGAGCUGUUUUUGCAUUCAUGGUCAUUCAGGAUGUUUGGGAAGCUUCUUACAACUAAGUCUUGGCCUGUUCCUGUUCGUAAGUCUGGUCGAGCCUUUAUGAUCAUUGUUUACUUGUAAAACGGACGUCUACGAAAGUUAGACGAAACACAUUGGAAAAUAUGCAAGUUUUACAACUACUGUUUGCAGAGUGCUGCUCACUAGUUCAGCUUUAAAAAAAUUCACUUGCAAUGAGGUGUACUGCAAAGCAUGAGUCCCUCCUUAGUAGAGGGGUUGGUAGGGGAGUUAAAAUGGGUUCUUUCCUUCGAUCUACUUCGCAUAAUCUUCUUUUUGCUACGAUCUGAGUUUAGCAGGUUUCUUAUCAUGACCUUAAUUUCAGAUGGGGAAACAGUUCCAGAGUACAUACGCCGUAGUGAAGACCUGGAGGAAAUGGGUCCUGACCAUCCCCUCCACAGCCUCGUUUUACAGUGCUUGGACAACAUUCCCGAGAGAAGGCCCAGUGCUGGAAAGAUAAUAGAAGAACUUCUGAAAUUCAGCAAAGUUGUGGAUGAAACAUUAUCCAGUAGCCCCACUGGGGACAAAGUUGGUACCAUGUCACACAUUCAUUAUGAUCACAAGUUUAAGCUUGUCGUACUUGGAGAGUCCGGCGUGGGUAAGACAUCUAUCGUGACCCGAUUCCUGAAUGCCAACAGCCAGCUCUCCGAGAUAACACUUCCGAGGACACUCCAGUCCGAAGAUCACUUUGAGCGACUGCGUUUCCGUGAUAAGUCAGUCCAUCUUCACAUCGUCGAUGUAGGCGGGCACGAGUUAACCAAAGCCUCCUGUUUAGCGCCUCAGAUUUUUCGCCGCGUUCGGGGCGCGGUCAUAGCCUUUGACCUCCUUUCUGAGAUGUCUUUCUUGGAAGUGCCGAAUUGGGUGAAGGUUGUCAGGGAGAAGUGCGGGGAAGAGCUUCCCAUUGUUCUAGUUGGAAACAAAGAUGACGAAUUGGAGAGAUGGGUUGAUUCGCGUAAAGUGGAUGAAUUCGCUAGAAGAAAGAAUCUGUUUUACAUAGAGUCGAGUGCCAAAUCUGGAAAGAACAUCGAUGAAAUAUUCUCUGUUCUCGUGGACUUGAUGAUCAAAUACGAAAACCAAAAGGAAGGUGAAUCUAAGACAAGCGAUUUAGUGGCUUCCUUACGAGAAAGCCUUUCUGAAAGGGUCACCUGCCAGGAGAAGUCCCCCAUUACUGAACGCCUCCUUACCCCUCGUAGUGACGCCCUUGAUGCGGGAGUCAUAGAACUCAAGGAAGAAAAGGAAAACGAAGAGACAAUGGAGCAAGACGAGGGCGACAGGAAAAGGAAAUCACGGUGUUGUUUGUUGAACUAAAGUAAUUUAGGAUGAUGUUAGACAUGGAUGAACAUUAGAUUCGCCAGUUUUGAAAGACUUUAGGAUUACAAAAUGGCGAUGAUUUUUGUUCACAUUCACAGUCACUUCCCUUACCUUAUAUAUCGCUGUAUUAUGUUUAUUUUGAUAAUAAAGACAUUACAGUGGGUUUUUUCUUCCGAUCAGUGAAAAUCAGUUCCUCGGAAAAUGUUUUCCCAUUGUUUGCGCCGUUUCGAAUAAAAUAUCAGUG